AUGUACCUAAGAUGCUCAUUGAGCACAAAGACCAAUGAAGAACUGGAGACCCAGGAUGGAGUAGGUGCUAAAAUAGCGGAGAAGAUAGAUGAGUUCUUAUCCACUGGAAAAUUACGCAAAUUGGAAAAGAUUCGACAAGAUGAUACAAGUGCAUCUAUCAGUCUCCUGACACGAGUUACUGGCAUUGGUCCGGCUGCUGCUAGGAAGUUUGUCGAGGAAGGAAUUAAGACUUUAGAAGAUUUAAGAAAAAAUGAACACAAGCUGACCCAUCACCAGCGAAUUGGGUUGAAAUAUUUUGAAGAUUUUGAGAAAAGAAUCCCGAGGGAAGAAAUGCUGCAAAUGCAGGAAAUUGUGCUGAAAGAGAUAAAGAAGCUGGAUCCAAACUAUAUUGCUACAGUCUGUGGCAGUUUUAGACGAGGUGCAGAGUCAAGUGGCGAUAUGGAUGUUCUCCUAACGCAUCCGAGUUUCACAUCUGAAUCAUCCAAACAGUCAAAACUUCUGCAUCAAGUUGUAGAACAACUGGAAAAAGUCCACUUUGUCACAGAUAUGCUGUCUAAAGGUGACACCAAAUUCAUGGGUGUCUGUCAGCUGCCAAACAAAGAAGAUGGAACAGCCUGUCCACAUAGGAGAAUUGAUAUCCGGCUUAUCCCCAAAGAUCAGUAUUACUGUGGUGUACUGUAUUUCACAGGAAGUGAUAUAUUCAAUAAGAACAUGAGAACUCACGCUCUGGAAAUGGGCUUCACGAUCAAUGAAUAUACAAUCCGUCCCUUGGGUGUCACUGGAGUUGCUGGGGAGGCCCUACCAGUAGAAUGUGAAAAAGACAUCUUUGACUAUAUCCAGUGGGAAUACCGAGAGCCAAAGGAUCGGAGUGAAUAACUUCUUGUCCAGGUCUG